CACACAUUGUCCAUUAAGAAGCCUUACUGAAGAAUCAUCUGUUAUUGAACGCCUCUACAACGCAGACGAUUCAGGCUCUGUGAGAGAAGAACAAUGUCAGGACCCAGGCCAGUGGUGCUGAGCGGCCCCUCCGGAGCAGGGAAGAGCACUCUGAUGAAGAGGCUGAUGAAGGAUCAUGAGGGCAUCUUUGGAUUCAGCGUGUCACACACAACAAGAAAUCCUCGACCAGGAGAGGAAGAUGGCAAAGACUACCACUUCACAACGAGAGAGGCCAUGGAGGAGGGCAUCAGCAAGGGCGAAUUCAUUGAGAAUGCAGAGUUUUCUGGAAACAUGUACGGAACAAGUAAAUCUGCCGUAGAAGACGUGCUGGCCAAGAACCUAAUCUGCAUCCUUGAUGUGGACAUCCAGGGAGUGAAGAGGAUUAAAGAGACUGACCUAAACCCUAUCUACAUCUCCAUCCAGCCUCCUUCCAUGGAGAUCCUGGAAAAACGCCUGAGGGACAGGCAGACAGAAACAGAGGAGAGUUUACAGAAACGUCUGGAGGCAGCACGCAUUGAUAUGGAGCUCAGUAAUGAACCAGGAGUGUUUGAUGUUGUUAUCAUCAAUGAUGACUUAGAGAAGGCGUACGAGGAGCUGAAAGAAAUCCUCAAUGAGGAAAUCAAAAAAGUUCAGGAGGCCCAAUCAUAAGAAGGAAACAGUGACCCAGUCUUUCUGGUGCUGAACAGACUAAACCGACACUUAUGAUUCUGGCCUGAAAAAUCUCAUCUUCACUGACUCCAAACACCUGAAAUAAGCUCCCACCUGAGGAAAAGCUUGUUUUUCUUUCACCCAUAACAUGCUCAGAGAUGCUCAUUUGUAAAAGAGGGACUCUGAAUUGAAAGGUACUGAAAAUCCUAACACACAUAUUUCUGUCUGUGGCUCAGUUACACGUAAAAGAAAAACAAUAGAAACAACUGCCAAAUCCAGUGCUACAUUUGGUCUUUGUAGUCCCAGGUUUGGUACUGGCUUAUCCACAAGUGCGGAGCACACAUCAGUGUCACCAGACAGUACUUAGUACGCACACGGCAAAAUAUUAAGAAAUUGUUCAGAAAAUAGGUACAAUUUUAUUCUUUGUGUUGAAUUCUAAUGUAGUGGAAAUA